AGUCGAUAUCAAGCAAUGCCUUGUCUUUAACUGCAGUCGUUGACGUUCCAGACACGUGCGCCAAUGACACUCUGCAACUGUCAUGGAUGUCUUCCCACAAUCUCACUCACCGCGAUCUCGGGCUGAUUAGGGACCACACCACGAUGCUGCUUGUGCAUGGCUACAGUAGGACAAACAUGGCCCCCGGUACACCUGGCCGUCUUCCGCCACGGAGGCAUGCAACAGUAUCUACGGCACACGUUCGUCACAAUCGAUGAUCUUGUUUCCUCUUUAGAGCGGGCACCAGUGGUGGCCAGCAUUGUCCAAAACCUCAACACUCGUGUAAGUCGUGACCAUGAAAGACUCAUUUUCUUCUGGCAGCACGCCUUCUAGCCCUCCUCUGUCAGCGGCAUGGUGUUCUACUAGCCUGGACACCUUUCACCAAACAACCUACUACAAUGUCCCUGUCCACGAUUUUCCAGGACGACCCAGGAAGUAGACGCCGCUAUUAGACCCUUGAUAGCGCGCCCCGCGAGCAAGCAUCAGGGCCCUCAGUGACGCCCCAUCUGUGCAUGCAAGACGCCCGCCUGCUACAGGCUCGUCCGCCAAACAUGCACCAAUUCUGCUUGGUGGUCCGGCCUCGGCCCAGGCACAUGGCGACCAUCUUGCUCUCUUGAGCAUCAGGGGCUGUCGUUCUGCCGAUACGCCAUUGCCAUCGUGCUAAGUCCUGCAGCUAGUUUGCGAUAUGACAACACCUAACGGAAAGCUCCUCGUUUCCCACCGAUAGCUUGUUGCUUCCUGACUGGGCCUUCUCCCUCCCAAUUCAAACGCCUCUAGACGCCGCUCCACCUUGGCACUGAGCAUUUUGAUGAUGAGCGCACGCCCUUGCUUCUGAUUGCUCUCGAUCCGGACUCCUCUGGCGAAUUGCUCCGGAGGUUACUGGCGAGGAGUGUUAUCUACUUAAGGGGUGGGAACCCAUCUCCUUUGGCUCAUUCUUCCUCGAUCCAACGAUACAUAGCCGUGAGCCUUUUUACCUGCCCAAACCGGCUCAAGCAUUCGUGCCAAACAGCUCGAGGAAUUCAAGUCUUAUAUACUUCUAUAUCUUACACCAAUCUACCACCUAGGCACUUGGCACUUGGAGCGCCUCCACGAGCUAUCCUAGGCCCUUACCCCCACGCGCUGGCCGUCUCCCACGUUUCCAUCUCUCUCCACCAGCCAAUCCCCUUUGCUGUAUUUGCCCCAAACGGCAACUGAUCAAGCCAUCGCCCGACCUCAAGUCUCCAUUCUCGCCAACAUCCCACCUUUAUCCCACGCUUCAAGCGUUGUUGUUGACAGCUAUGGCCCCAGUUGCUACGGGAGAGAUCGCACCAACGCAUCUACCCGGUGGUCCAUCGAAGCCAUUGAGCAUCAGUGCCUCUGUCUUGCAUGGUCCCCGCGAUCUGCGACUGGAAACAAGAACCAUCGAGGCUCCAGCGGCAGGCGAGCUUCAAAUCGCUAUCAAGGCGACUGGCAUUUGUGGUUCAGAUGUAUCCUACUACAAGAAGUUUGCCAAUGGCGAUCUCUGUGCUUGUCACCCACUGUCACUAGGCCAUGAAUCGUCCGGUGAAGUUGUUGCUAUUGGUCCUCAAGUGAGUGGCUUCAAGCUGGGCGACCGAGUUGCUCUUGAAGUUGGUGUUGCUUGUGGAAACUGCGGCACUUGCCGUAAAGGUCGCUAUAACCUAUGCAAAAAGUUGCGUUUCAGAAGCAGUGCCAAAACCUACCCUCACUACCAAGGCACAUUGCAAGAGAGGAUUAACCAUCCCGCUGUCUGGUGCCACAAGUUGCCCGAUAACGUCUCGUUCGAGGCCGCCGCCCUCCUCGAGCCGCUGUCUGUAGCUAUCCAUGCGGUGAACCGUGCCAGGCCGGAGCCGGGCUCCACUGCCCUUGUUAUCGGUGCCGGCACCGUUGGCCUGUUGACUGCCGCAAUGGCUCGUCAAUCAGGCUGCACCUCGGUCACAAUCACAGAUAUCGAUGCUGGGCGUGUCAACUAUGCCAUAAGCCGUGGAUUUGCAACUCAUGGUUUUGUUACCCCCCUGUCCCGUUUGAACUCAUCGAACUAUUCUUCUGGAAUCUCUACACCCGAGACUGGUAUCAUUACUCCUGCCAGCACCUUUUCAACAGCAAGCCGCUUCGACGGAGCCAAAUCAUUGGCUGCGGAUAUCCUUGCUUCAUCAAACCCUGCUGGUACCUUCAUGCUUGAGGAGGAUGAGGACGGUGUGGAUGUCACAUUCGAGUGCACUGGAAAGGAGGUGUGCAUGCACACGAGCUUAUAUGCUACCAAAGCCGGCGGCAAAGUAAUCAUGGUGGGCAUGGGAACUCCGAUCCAGACUCUCCCUCUCUCCGUGGCCCACCUCCGUGAGAUUGACAUCCUGGGCGUAUUCCGGUAUUCCAACACAUAUCCCACCGGUAUUCGACUUUUGUGUUCGCAAGCUGCGAAUCCCUCUGGCUGCAGCCUGCCCUCGUUGGACGACAUGGUUACCCACCGUUUCAAGGGCCUCGAUCAGGCACAACGUGCAUUUGAGCUAGCAACACGCACCAGUGACGACGAGGGCAAACUCGUCCUGAAGAUUGUUAUUGAGGCAUAAAAUCUUUCUCAAGAUUGCCUUUUUACGACUUAUGAAUGAUAGACAAAGAUAUCCAAAAAGCUACAUAUUCCAGUGGCGUAUUUCAUGGGGGGCGCGUAAAUAGAUUCUCUGUUAUGAAGAUACCAGCUACUAUAUUGGUAGCUUGGAGGUGGUUGGGUUUGAUUGGAGAGAUACCAAAUAUGAUAUGAAGUGGCUUAACGGGCUGGAAGAACGGGUUGGUAAGGAGUUCGUCCUAGCAGACAUAGUCCACGACAUUAACAUGAACACUUGAUCCCUAUCUUAACUUAACCCAUGAAGCCGGGAUAUCCCCACAAACAACUAGACUCGUGAAUACGAUAUGGCUAACUAGUUUAUGCUUUAAUUCAUCUCUAAAACACGAUUUGAAGUUGUAAUCUACCUCAAACACCAAACGCCCGGCUGAAUGUAACUAAGUCGUUUCUGUCGUACGCGUCAUCGUGCCUUCACGCGUAUAUCUAGCAAUCUCAGAUCAGGAUAUCGCCAGCUCCACGAAUGUUAUAAGCCGCUGGGUCAAUGACGAAAUCCUGCCCGGGGCCAGGAGGAGCACCACGACGGUGCGACGCCUUUGCGUUUUCGACAACGUGGAACUUCUUGCCAACGUCGCGGGCCUGGCCGACGCUCUGGACAAUGCCGUUGAGGAGUCUCACCAAGUUAACAUCGUUUGCCUCAUGGAGCAUCUCGCGCUCAAAUGCGGCUCUGUCUGAGGGAAUGACGAGGUCCAGGCGGCUGACGAGGGCUUGGAUCUGGCGAAGCACUGUCGCUGAUGGAGUGGUAUAGUCGGCGUCCAUGCUACUGGAAUCGGCUGUGUCACCGUUGAUGUACGAGGGAGGAAGACGCUCGAGAUAAGUGGUGAGAAGGAGUAUUCGGGACUGGAGCAUCUUGAUAGCGUUGGCCUUUGCUGUGAGGGCAGCAAUUGUUUCGUCCUCUUCUGGCGUCAGAACAACCUCAUCAUCCUGCGCAAUCGCCUUGUUGUGAUCUUCGUCGUGGCUCUCUACUAGCCGGCGCUUGCCCUUGCCAUUUGACUCGAUGGACAAAGAGGGCUUGUCUUCCUUUUGGGGAGCGGCGGCAGCGUUUCCUCCUGAAGCAGCAACGUAGUUCAUGCUGAUCAUCUCUGUUUCGUCGGUCUCAACCGAGUAGGGCAGCUCUCUGAACUUGAGCUUGAGAGCGGGCUCCCCGUCAUCCAUCUUCUUGUCCUCUCCAUCGUUAUCCGCCUUUGGGUCGUCGACUUCAUAGUUGCUCUCGUAAAUAGUGAGUGGAAGUCUGCCACCGACGGAGUGAUCAAGGACCUGUUCCGGGUGGAAUCCGAGGAGUAUGGCUGACUCGUUCCAACCUUCGAGAAUCUGAUUAUGGAUUGGGAGGAUAGUCGGGGUCGGACCUGAAGAAGGUAG